UCUCUCCGAGGCACAGCAAGAGAUGCAGUAAAGUUUGCCAUCAAUGUUGGGUACCGCCACUUUGAUUGUGCCUACCUGUACCAGAACGAGAGUGAGAUUGGGGAUGCUACGAGAAAAAAAAUUGAAGAGGGGGUUGUGAGGCAAGAAGACCUCUUUAUUGUCAGUAAGCUGUGGCCCACCUUCCUUGAGAGAUCCCUUCUGAAAAAAGCGUGCCAGAAAACACUUGCUGCCCUUCAACUGGAUUAUUUGGAUCUGUACCUGAUGCACUGGCCCAUGGGAUUCAAGGCAGAAGAGGAGCUAUUUCCUGCAGAUGGAAAUGGCAUGAUCAUUCCCAGCGAUACAGAUUUUUUGGAUACAUGGGAUGCUAUGGAAGAGUUGGUGGAUGUGGGAAUGGUGAUGGCCAUUGGAGUCUCCAACUUCAAUGCAAAGAUAGAUCGGCUCCUGAGCAAACCAGGCUUAAGACACAAACCAGCAAAUAAUCAGAUUGAGAGCCACCCCUGUCUUCUUCAGGAAGAGUAGUUUUGCCAAACCAAAGGGAUCUCUGUCACUGCAUAUUAUCCCCAUGGAGCACCCAACUGGCCAUGGUCCAAGCCUGAAGAUAUUUCCCUUUUUGAUGAUCCCCAAAUUAAGGAAAUUGCUCUCAAGUACAACAAAACCCCAGCUCAGGUGCUUCUCCAUCUCCAAAUUCAACAAAACGUAAUUCCCAAAUCUGUCACUCCACACUGCAUUGAGGAAAAUUUUAAGGUGUUUGAAUUGUUAAAAGAGGAGAUGGAAACUUUGCUUAUUUUCAAGACAUGGUAUCAUAUCUGUGCAUUAAGUGAAUGA